CUUUUGACAAUUUUGAUUAAAAAUCUGACAUAAUUUUAAAGUAACUACAUACAAUAUUUAAAAGAAAGUAAGUAAAGCUUCCCAAUGUCCCCUCUGCCUGUCCCUAUUGAAGCUCAUAAAGAAACAACAGAAAAAUCUGGAAUCAAAGCAGUAUUCCUAGGUCCUCCCGGUUCAGGAAAAGGUACAAUAGCAGCCUGGAUAAAAGAAAAAUACUCCAUUUGCCACCUUUCCACUGGUGACAUGCUACGUGCCGAAAUCUCUUCUGGAUCCAAACUGGGUGUAACAUUAAAAGAAGCUAUGGAUAAAGGUAACCUCGUGAGCGAUAACCUGGUCGUCGAUAUGAUUGACAAAAAUUUGGAUAAAAGGGAGUGUCAAAAUGGGUUUUUGCUCGAUGGGUUCCCCAGAACCGUUGAGCAAGCGAAAAAACUGGAUGACUUAUUGGAAAAACGGAACUCUUCAGUAAAUGCCGUAGUUGAGUUCGAUGUUAAAGAUGAUCUUCUCGUUCGUCGUAUAACGGGACGCCUAAUUCACCCUCCCAGCGGUAGAUCGUAUCAUGAAGAGUUCGCUCCACCAAAGAAACCAAUGACUGAUGAUAUUACUGGUGAACCACUCAUCAAACGAUCCGAUGAUAAUGUUGAGGCCCUCAAGAAAAGAUUACAGAUUUAUCACAAGGAAAUUAAACCUCUUAUUGAUUAUUAUCAAUUUAGAGGGAAUUAUUAUCGGGUUGAUGCUUCGCAGGCUGCCAAAGAUGUUUUUAAAGACGUCGAUCAUAUAUUUAUUAGAAAAGGAAAGCCUUUAAGGGUGUCUAGAUAAUAUUAUUAGACUUGUAUAGUAAUAAUAUAAAAAUAGUUUUUAAUUAUUAA